GGAGGGCGCGGAGGCGGCGCCGGGGCCGCAGCGGGCGCGGCGCCUCCUGCUCCCACAGCCCGCUGCCGCCGCCGCUCCUGUCGCUCCCAGCGCCCGCUCCCGCCGCUCCGAGCCGCCCGCAGCCGCCGCCGGCCGGGCCGCGCUCCAUGGCGACCCCCAGCCCCUGCAUCGUGAUUGGCGAUGAUGAACAAGGUUAUGACCUGGAUUUGUUCUGCAUACCUAAACAUUAUGCAGAUGAUUUGGAAAAAGUCUAUAUUCCUCAUGGGCUCAUCAUGGACAGGACGGAGAGACUGGCACGAGAAAUUAUGAAGGGCAUGGGAGGACACCACAUUGUGGCACUCUGUGUACUCAAGGGUGGCUAUAAAUUUUUUGCUGAUUUAUUAGACUACAUCAAAGCCCUGAACAGAAACAGUGACAAAUCAAUCCCCACGACAGUCGACUUCAUUAGGUUGAAGAGUUAUUGUAAUGAUCAGUCAACUGGAGAUAUCAAAGUCAUUGGGGGAGAUGACCUCUCAACCCUGACUGGAAAGAAUGUUUUGAUCGUAGAAGAUAUAAUUGAUACUGGUAAAACAAUGAAAACGUUGCUGUCUCUACUUAAACAGUACAAUCCAAAGAUGGUGAAAGUAGCCAGUUUGUUGGUGAAAAGAACACCUCGAAGUGUGGGAUACCGGCCGGACUUUGUUGGAUUUGAAGUGCCAGACAAAUUUGUUGUGGGAUACGCCCUAGAUUACAAUGAAUACUUCAGAGAUUUGAACCAUAUCUGUGUGAUCAGCGAGACGGGGAAGCAGAAGUACAAAGCAUGAAAGCAGAGUUCCAGUGACAACAGAGCUUUGAAAUGUUUUGUUUACUGAGUCCUAUCUUUCACAGGCUUCAGCUCUGGUACACCAGCUACACUUGUAGAAUGCCCCAGCCCCAUUGCCAUGUGCUUACUGUAAUUUAUUGCAUGUACAAUAUAAGAGCUCGUCUUGUUCAUUUAUAUUUUAGAAAUGUAAACACUUAGUGCAGUUCUGCACUCCUUAUUUUGAUUUGCACUAUGACUCUACCGACUAUCGCUGCCCCUGGUUGGGUUGUGCUGUUUGUGAGCUCCAGAGUCUAACUCUUGCAGUGGUAAAUUGCUUAAACCUCAUCAGCCAGAACUGAAAUAGUUCAAGUACUGUAAAUGUAAAGCAUUUUAUGAUAGGGAAGUCUAUUAGUAAUAUUUUUAAAAUCUGUAAUUUAAGUUUUAUAUUUUAAUGCACAGAUGUGAUUGUGAUUAAUGGAUAGUUGCACCUUUGGGUGGCAAUAAAGCAUGAGGAGCAGCCAGUUACAGUAUCUGUAAUCUCCAAGGGGCUCAUCCAAAUCUCCUGGAGUUGCCUUAUUGCUGUAAAGGAAGUCUGGGUGAAAAGUGUGGUUUUUCUCUUUUCUUUUUUUUUAAAGAUGGAAUGACAAAACAGAAUGUUUAAAAUCUAGUUUUAGUUGAGCUGCCUAUUUCUGUUAGGUUUUUUUCUAAAUCUGUUAGAUUUUUUUUUCUUUAAAAAUAUCCAUCAGUCUGUGGAAUUGCCUUUUAAAUUUAAACAAUUUUAAUAUAUUUGUGGGAAAAAAAAGAAGUAUUGUAAUGUUUACUUUAUAAGAUCUACAAAGCGAAAUACUUUAAAUAAAGGCUGUCUCUUUAAAAUAAACCCCACACAUCUAUUCCACUCAUUCUGUAUAUUAAAGUGCUCUUGAAAUUUUCUUCUCAA